AUGAGCUGCUUCAAAUCUGGAAAUGCAGUGGCAAAGGGCGCCAAGCGUCAGAAACAGCCUUUCUGUUUCGACGACGACGACGGCGGCGGUCCGGUGGAAGGCGGAGUUCGCCCAGCAAUUGCCCCACAAGCAGAGCCCGACAUUUUCGAUCAUGAGUCUAUAGAAGACAUGAUCGAGGAAAGUCGUCGCGACAUUCAUGGCAGUGGAAAGGCUGCAACUUCGUCAUACCAUGGCAACAACGAGAUGGACGAUCUUUUUGUGUCCAGAGAUGAGCGAGUUCAUAACGCUGAGCUCUCUCAUGAAGCCGCUGUACCCAUCAAGUCUGAGGAGUCUGACGAUGACUUUGAUCUGAUGAUCAUCGACCAGGGUGAAGCAUCAUCAAAAGCGCGAGAGGAAUGGUCCAAGCCACGAGGCCCAUGGACAAUUGAUCUUACUCCAUCGUCAAUGGUCAAGUCAGAGCAAGUCGAGCACACUCGUCUUAGUUCUAUGCUUGAAGACACUGGGCGAGAACCCGCAACGGAAGUUUCGGUUCUUGGAAUCACCUCUUCCCAACAUGAAGAGUCUGCUAUCAAGAGACUAGAGGAAAGACAGGCAAAGUUGCACUCGAAAGCGCUGAACGGUGCGAUCACCAGAGAAGAAAUCUCGGAAAUGUACCUGGUCAGCUUGGAGCUCGGCCAAGCUCGAGAAGCAGCCAAGGCUGAGAACAACGCGCCAAAGGCGGCACCAUUUCUAUCCAGCAAUCUAGGUGAGAGAACGGCUGGAGAAAAUAAGAAGAAAGCAAAGAGAAAGCCAAAUGCUCUAAUCAAAACCCACGAAGAACUAUGGCGUCACGAAGGACAGAAACGCCGAGACGAAAAGAAAGACGACGACCGCAAAGCACAUGGAAAGAAGAGACCGGGAGCAUGUCAAGGAACGGCACGCGACGUCAAACGGAUGAAGAAGUCAGACCAGACCUUGAAAAAAGCGGGAGAAGAGGGUGUGGACACAGGAAUUCAACGCCAAAUCAACAAGAUACUACAUACAGUCGACGCGAUCCAGGAGCGAGCGGAUGCAGGUAAGCUGCCUGAUGCGCCAGUCAUCAUCGCGACCACAAGAGCCGAGCAACUAAAACAGUUGAGGGAUGCGGCGCCGGGUUAUUUCGAUCCAGAACUUUUGAGAGACCAGGCAAGGCAACUUCUCCAGGCGACAAAGGGUCUUGGUCCACGUGCUGUCCGCGCCAAGAACGGCCUUUGGGGCGUCAAGGGUAUGCUGUCUGAUAUGCAUAAUCACCAACUCGUUGUUGGAGCUUGGAUGAGGAAACGAGAGCUAAACACAAUCCUCAAAAUGCCGAAGGGAGGAAUUCUCGCAGAUGCAAUGGGGUUAGGAAAGACAAUCGAGACUUUGUCAUGCAUUGUGAGAAACCAAGCAUCGGAGAAACUUCAAAACGAGGGGAAAGGACCAACACUGGUAGUUGCCCCGUCAGGGCAGACGAUCUCCCAAUGGAUGGAUGAGGUCAGGAAGCACUGCAAUAGGAAGUUCGCCAGGCACAUCAUCCAUUUUAAAGAGAAAGACAAGAUGGAUGUUGAUCCGCUGGCUUACUUCAAUAUUGUGUUCGCUAGCUAUCAUCAGCUGAGGCGUAGCAUUCCCUGCGUCGAGACAAUGGAACAGAAGCGGAAGGAGAUUGCUGACCCUAAAAAGUACAAGAAGUGGCUUGAGGAGUCAACCGGCGUCUUGCAUCGAAUCGAGUGGCAUCGGGUAGUACUUGAUGAAGCUCACGCCAUCAAGAACCACCGAACACACUCUGCUUAUGCGAGCUUCCGGCUGAAGGCCAAGUACCGGUGGGCGGUGACUGGAACGCCACUCAUCAACGCAGACUCUGAGUUUUUCUCCUACUUGAAGUUCAUCGAAUGCCAUGGUAUCCAGGAGUUCCGGGACUUUGAACGCAAGUUUCGCGCAGGAACUCCGACUAGGGAAAAGUACGACAAACUUAUCGAUGAUGUGAUGAUGAGAAGAACUCCGGGCGAAUAUUUCCUUGGCCAACCGAUUCUGAACCUGCCAACGACUAAGCCUACCCACCAAUAUCUCAAACUUUCGAAGGAAGAGAUGGUGAUAUUCAAGAUGAUAGAGGGAUGCUUUCGUCGAAAAAUCAACCGUGACAUUGAGAAGGGGACCGCCGCCAUCCAGAUAAAAUCUUAUCUGGUGAUGCUACUUCGCUUACGCCAAGCAUCGACUCAUCCAUUUCUACUAGAAGGCAUGAUGGCAAAGUAUUUUACUCAGCGUGACUUGGAAGCAACUCGGAAACAGUUGAACGACCUCAAAGGUGGCAGUACCGUCUACAAUCAGAUCGGCUCUUGGACUCAGAGGCAGCGGAUUGGCAACCGUCGUCUCAUUGAAGAACCAAGCCUGCUGAAUAAUCCGCAGCUUGUGAAUGGCACCGAAGAACUACUUGACACACACAUCACCCAGACUGAUGAGUCAGUCCAUUGCAAAGCAACGAAUCAGGGCCUUUCUCAGCUCAAUGGCGGCGAGGGCGCUGUUGAGAUAUUUGAUGACACUGAUGAGGUCGACAGCCAAGAUGAGGCCGAAGAAGAUGAGGAUGGCCUGGUCCCGGAGCGCUACCUUUCGCAAAGAACACAGCCGGGACAUGUAGAAGGCAUGGAUGUCAACACGGAGGAUUCACAGCUUCAGCCUUUUGGUCAUAGCGACUUUGGUCUUGCAUUCGACAUGUCCAAACAGAUACAGUACCUGGAAAAGGUCUUGGAGAUGAAAAGGUCCAAAUGCGCUAGUUGCCACCAAAGAUCGCCUUUGAAUCCAGUCAAGGGCAGCAAAUGCGGCUGCGUUUUCUGCCCCAAAUGCGUGGUAGAUCACCUCGCAGACAAUGGUAGGAAAUGUCCCAGAUGUCGCAGAGAGAUUGGCCGUCCCAAUAAAUUGAAGCCGUUCGACGACGAGGAGGAUGGAAAUGCGGGGUCUACCACGCAGACCCUCAAUGACAAGGAGUAUGCAAAGGGGUUCGACUACACCGGAUUCCAGCACACAGAAGAUGACAAGGACGAAAAGCAUGCAGUCAGAUUCUUGCAAGUGGCAGACAGGCAUCCAAAUUUGCCACUUACCCCCAGUGCCAAGUUGACGGCUUUGAAGGAGACAGUACUGAGAUGGCAGGCCGAAGCCCCAGAUGACAAAAUAAUCAUCUUUAGCCAGUUCAACGUCGUCAUGAAGCUCAUUGGUCGGCUACUCGAAGCUGAGAAAAUCGACUUUGCAUACCUCAGCGGCAAGCAAAACACCGAGCAACGCAACAGGGCCGUGGACGAGUUCCAGAACGGCGACAAGAUCAAAGUCCUCAUCGUGUCGCUCCGAGCAGGUGGUCAGUGUCUGAAUCUCACAAAGGCAAACCGUGUCAUUCUCAUGGAGCUCUGGUGGAACCAUGGCGUGGAGCAGCAGGCCUUUGCUCGCGUGUACCGCAUCGGCCAGAUCAAGGAGACGCAUUUUGUGCGCUUUAUCGUGGAUACGCCCAUCGAGCAGCGUAUGCUACAGAUGCAAGCCAGCAAGAUACACGCCAUCGAUGCGGCCCUUCAAGAUGACACGAUCAGAGCGCCAAAGCUCAGCCUAGAGGACAUUGGUAAUCUUCUCGGCAAAAUCACUUUCAGAAACGGAGCCAUUCACCACGUCUCUGCCGACUAUGAUGACGCCAACGAUAAUUACGACGAUUAUGACGACAGCAGUGAUGAUAGCAGUGAUGAUAGCAGUGAAGAAGAGGGUGAUCUUGAGGGAUUCGUUGUCUCCGAUGACGAGGAGGAAGCUACUGAUUCGCUUUCUGACGAGUCGGAAGAGGAGUGA